UUUAGCCACUGCAUGCUAUAUACUUUGUUUGAACAUCACUUACCGACUUCAAGAUGUUGUGGACAGCGAUGUUGUGUUUCAUGCUGUACACCGCAGUAGAUUGUGAUGUGGAAAGUGGGAUCGAAGGCAUCGACAAGGCCGACAUGGGAUUUUUUGUUAUUAAUUUGACAUGCAACGACGCUGACACCAGUUGUAUGAGCUGUUUCUCUGCCCACAAGUACGGGCGGCCAUAUUUGUACGAAUUCGAGCUCUCCAAGUACCACAAUCCUCGUUUCCACAUUGCCGUGACCAGCGGGGAGCAGAAUUGGGAGGUGUACUUUAUCCAAGAUGAUCUCAGUGACUCGUUUCGUCAUUGCACGGUUAUCAACGCCACCACGGAAGUGGAGUUACACCAACGACUGAUAGUCAACGCGUGCAUUGAUAACGAUUUCUUGGCCGUGUCGGUGCCGGCUGAGUGCGGCCAACCAGUGCUCGUGUACACGGUAAAAACCCGCCGUGGUAACGAAAAACCGCGGGGGCAACAAGUCCUGUACUGCAUUCCGAAACGCCAAUUGGGAUCCAACGUUGAAGCCAUGUAGGAUCAAUAGGAAAAACCUGACAAAUCUCUUUAUCUAGAAGACUGAGCUCAAGGCCGGAUCUAGAACUAAA